AGUAAAUACUAUGCCACUAAGAAGAGUGUUACGGAGGGUAUGUUGGACGUGGCUCUGUUGAUGACCAAUGCUUCUCAGCUGAAGGCUGUGCUGGAGCACGGUCCUGCCUUUAAAUAUUACAUCCCUCUCAUUGUCUUCAUUGCUCUUUCCCUCCUCUUCCAAGUGCUGGUGGGGGUCCUCUUUAUCCUCAUGGCCCAUAAAGAACUAAAUUAUGCGGUUAACAGGAUGAAACUGGAGAAAAUGAACAAUGUGGCGACUGUGCUGGUGUUCAUCACUGUCGUCAUUAAUAUUUUCAUCACUGCAUUUGGCGUGCAGAAAACAGGCCUCCACCUUAAACAGUGA